CGGUAAUGUCCAUGGCAAUCGCUUCCCUUCGCCUCAACGGGACUGGCAAUGGUCGUAACUCGCCGUACGGACGAUGAUUGCGGGAUUUGCAGCGUCGGCAAACCUCAUCUUCACGAUGGCUCAAGGAAACACAUCGACACGUGAUUGGCUCACGGAUUGGCAGAAGAUCGUGGCGACGCCCGAUCUGGACUUACCAUUUCCGGAUCUGCGCCGGGAGUUUUACAACCGGUCAUGCGCCGCUUUGAGCCUCGCGCUUGGUGAUCGCGAGCAGUACAACACCUUCGCCGAAAUCAUCAAGAAGGCGAGGGAGAUCAUCAAGACAAACAGGGCAGCUGCACAUGAGAAAUCAGCAUGGAAGCCAACCUAUGUGGAGAAGGUGAAAACUGGUCUGCGACCGCAGCAGUUCGCUGCAGUCCAAUCGGACAACAUUGUGGAAGACCCGGCAGCCACCCAAGCGUCACGUGAGGGAGAUCAGGUGGCUGCUGUCCAGCCGCGAACCAACAACAAGUCCCGAGGAAACGGGAAGGCGAAAACCGCAUCGCCGGCCGGAAAUGGACAGCCAGCACCAUGGGUCAAGUUUAACUUGACCGAGGCCGAGUACAAGUACCGCGGCCAUCGAAGAGGCGACCUGCAGCGCUUUGAUCGAUUGCGGAGCAUCUCGCAACUACAUGAGCCAGGACUUUAUGGUACGCGCCGGCCUUGGCCCACGCGUCCGGAGGAAGUCCCAGCUGACGCAGCAGACGGUCACACGCACAAGUCAGUAGACCGGUGCAUUGAUGACGUCCCUGUGUACUUUGCCCCGCAUGCAAGCGAGGCGGUGUCCUUCGAUAUUCUGGACACCAAAUUCGACAUGAUCUUGGGCAUGUCAUGGCUGCGAAGCGAGGAUCGCCCGGUGAACUUCUACCGCCGCACCGUUCACGUUCGUGAUCGAAACAGAGUACUAGUCACAUGCACGGUAGCUCCUCCUCACCCUUCGAUCAGCUGCCACGUGGUGUCCGCCGCAAGCAUGCGAGCUUCCAUCAUCAGAGACGACAUCGAGGAGAUGGGGGUGUGUUUUCUCCACGCCCUCCCGCCACAUGACGCUUCAUCGACGGACUCAUCUUCGGACCCACGCAUCACCGAGCUUCUCGACGCCUACGGCGACGUGUUCGAAGGCCUGCAUGGAGUAGUACCGGAUUGGCCCAUCCGCCACGAGAUCAUCCUCGAGGACGAGGCCAUACCUCCACGCGGUUGCAUCUACCGAAUGAGCGAGGAAGAGUUAAGUGUGCUACGAGCACAACUCGACGACUUUCAGGAGAAAGGCUGGAUUCCGCCUAGCUCAUCACCAUACGGUGCUCCCGUUCUCUUCGUCCGAAAGAAGAACAAGGAUUUGUGGUUGUGCAUCGAUUAUCGCAAUAUCAACGCGCAAACGAUCAGAAACGCCGGCCCUCUUCCACGCAUUGACGACCUUCUCGAACGGCUGGGCGGCGCCAAGUUUUUCUCCAAGCCAGACCUCAAGUCGGGAUAUCACCAACUCGAGAUACGGAAGGAGGACCGCUACAAGACCGCGUUCAAGACUCGGUAUGGGCAUUUCGAAUGGCUGGUUAUGCCAUUUGGCCUUACGAAUGCCCCGACCACUUUCCCAGCGGCUAUGACAACGGAGUUCCGACACAUGUUGGAUCGAUUCGUACUUAUCUACCUCGACGACAUCCUGGUGUACAGCCGAAGUUUGGACGAGCAUGUGGAACACCUGCGCACCGUUUUGGAGCGGCUACGACAAGCCAAGUACAAAGCCAACCGCGACAAAUGCGAAUUCGCGCGGCAAGAGCUGGAGUACUUGGGACAUUAUGUGACGCCGCAAGGCAUCCGUCCGUUUGCGGACAAGAUAGAGCCCCUUCGCAUAUGGCCCGAGCCCACUAACACCACGGACGUUCGUUCAUUCAUGGGAUUGGCGGGUUACUAUCAGCGAUUCAUCACCGGGUACUCAAGGAUUGCUGCACCUAUGACGAGAUUACAAUCGCCACAGGUGCCAAUUGUAUUCGAUGACGACGCACGCCGAUCAUUCCAAGCACUUAAGACGGCCAUGCUCAUGGCACCUGUCCUUAGCAUCUAUGACCCCACCCUGCUGACGAGAGUGACAACAGACGCUUCCGGCUAUGGCAUUGGGGCAGUCUUGGAACAACACGACGGCGACGACUGGCACCCUGUGGAAUAUUUCAGCCACAAAGUGCCUCCCAUCAACUCGCUUGAUGAUGCAAGGAAGAAGGAGCUGCUCGCGUUCGUAAUGGCUCUCAAGCGAUGGCGGCACUUCCUCCUUGGGCGUCGUAGGUUCACAUGGGUUACGGACAACAACCCACUGACCUACUACAAGACGCAGGAUACGGUGAGCAGCACGAUCGGACGAUGGAUGUACUUCAUCGACCAAUUUGACUUUACACCGAAACAUCUCCCCGGCCUCUCCAAUCGCGCAGCAGAUGCACUCUCGCGAAGACCUGAUCUUUGCGCUAUGACACAUCAUGCCUUUACAUUCGACGACGAACUUCAGCGACACUUCAUCUGGGGCUAUGAGUCUGAUCCGUACUUCGCCACGUUGUAUGCGCAGCUAUCUUCGGAUCACCCGCCGGCCAGCCACUAUCGCAUUGUCGACGGGUACUUGCUCCUCCACUCGAGAGGCAAGGACUUAUUGUGUGUCCCACGAGACCGUCGUCUUCGGACUCGCCUUCUCGGGGAGUACCAUGACUCGCGACUCGCCGACCAUUUUGGAGUCAACCGCACUAUUGCACGGCUACGACAACGAUUCAGAUGGCCCGACCUCAUUACCGAUGUCACUCGGUAUUGUGACUCUUGCGAAGUUUGCCGACGAAGCAAGCCCCGCAAUUGCAACCCCUACGGCGAGUUGCGCCCGAUGCCUAUCCCACGGGAACCCGGCCUCUCCAUUGCCAUGGAUGUCACCGGACCAUUUCCCCACGAUCGCCUCGGGCACGACGGCAUCCUCACGGUUGUGGACCGUUUGAGUAAGUAUGCACGUUUUCUCCCUUGCAAGUACUACUCCACGGCUCCCGAGCUGGCACGCCUCUUGCACACCGGUUGGAUUUGUGGCCACGGUGUACGGGAAGACAUAGUCAGCGACUGCGACACUCGCUUCAUGUCGGCAUUUUGGACUGCUCUCAUGCAGGAGUCCGGCAUGAAGAUGAAACCAAGUUCGGCUCGGCAUCCACAUACGGGCGGGCAAACGGAGCGGGCACAUCAAACCUCUGAAAUGAUGCUUCGUACGCUCAUUCGUCCAGACCAGAAAGAUUGGGUUGACCGCCUCCCCGACAUCGAGUUCGCCUACAACACUUCGGUGCACCCGACGAUCAGCGUGACUCCAUUCGAGUUGCACCACGGUGGACGGAAAGGCCGUAUCUUCGUCGAACUUCUCCUCCCACGACCAGCCGACAUCGACGCCGCUUGCUCUCCCGCUUCCGUCCGGAAGUACAGGGAAUUGCUGGCUCAAGCCCGCGCGAACAUGCAAAAGGCUCAAGUCCGCAUGCAGCAGCAAGCCAACAUGCGUCGCGUGCCAUGUCCCAUCCGCGCCGGUGAUCUGGUUUGGGUCUCCGCGGAAGAGUUUGCACUGGAACAGGAUGUUUCACGCAAACUGCUUCCCAAGUGGUUUGGACCAUGGCCCGUAACAUCAGGCGCGGGCGAUGAGCCCGAUGGCCCUUCAUUUGUGAUCAACGUCCCUGCGCAUCUGACGGUCCAUCCAGUCUUUCACGCCUCGAAGCUGGCAACAUAUACACCAGCUAAGAGCGACGGCUUCCCAGGCCGACGAUCACAAGACCCUCCAUCUAUGGAUGGUCAUCAGGAAGUUGACCGCAUCAUCACGGAUCGCAAGUACGGCAGCAAACCUCGCCAGUACAAAGUUACAUUCACAGCAUGCGAUCCCGACGACACUCGGUGGAUUUCAGGAACAGAUUUGAAAGCAUCCGCACCACUGAUCUACGCUCACUACGAGCGACAAAGGUUAGCUCAGGGACCUUCACAACCUGCCCCUCCCACCCGGACUGUGGUCCCUCCCUCAGACAGACAGCUUCACCCUUGCAGGUACCUCGAAGACGAAGCUGGAGCUAUGGCGCUCCAGGGUGCUCAGCAGCAGCCACAGGUAGAAGUGGUGAUGAAGGUAGAAGGGCAAGAACCAUCUACCUCUACCCCUACUACUCCUUCGACUACUACUCAACAGAAGAAGGAGCUACAGGAGAAAUUGCAGCAGGAGCAGGCCCUGCUUGCAGAAUUGGAGAGACAGGAGGCAGCUGAGCUAGAGGCUGCAACAAAUAUUUCUCGCAGGGAGUACCUGUUGGAGCAGCUAAACAAGGUCCUGACAGACGGCAACUGCUCCCAGGUGAAUAAGAACCUGGCAGAGUGGGCUCUUCCGGAGCACAAGGCCACCAGUUCUUAUUUCACUAACUGGGAUGAUCGCAUCGGUCGCUUGGAACACAAGGUGGACGACCUGGCAGCUCAGCAGUCCAAGAUAUUGGAUGCAAUUCAGAAUCUGACUGCUCAGCUGACAACCGCCAAACUGAUUGCUCCUCAGUCUCCUCCUCUCUCAGUAAAGCCUUCCUUUUCUCCCUCUUCAACCCCCUCUGGUUCGCGUCAUUCUUCCCCUUCACCAUCUCCUUCCCAAAAAGCCUCAGCCAAACCCACCUUUGCUGCUGUUGUUGCAGGGGAUCAGAGAGGUCCCAAGAUCCCUGCCCCCAACAAGUUCAGAGGGGAUGACCCCAAGACUGAUGUUGGGGACUGGGCUGCAGGGAUCAGCGCCUACUUGAGGGGCUUCAUAUGUCGAGAACAAACAAAGGUGGCUACAGUUCUGGGACUGCUAGAGGGGCCUGCACAAAAGUGGGCUACCUCUACCUCCAGCGGUCUGCAGAAAUCUAUGGAGGAUUGGGCUUUGGGAUUGGGGGUGGACAGUCUUCUGCGGGCUCUGGAAGACCGCUUUGCAGACAAGGAGCAGUCCCGCAAAGCUGCUGACAGGAUUGCUCGCCUGGGGAAGCAACGCUACAGCGGUUCCCUGCAAUCGUUGUUUGCAGAGUUCGAGCAAUUAACUUCCACACCUGAUUUGGUCAUGUCUGCAGAUGACCUACUAACAAACUUCUGCAGGGCAACCCCUGAGAAGUUUUCUGUUGCACUAUACAGCGUUGGGCACAAGGACUGAAGAUCCUUUGGCCGCGCAGCCCUGGACAUGGAGGUCAAACUUCAUGUUCAGGCCCCCUCCUCUGACAGGAGGAAAGGUGUCUUCCCUCGUGGUGGUAGAAAGGGAAAGGCAGCCUUUGCACAUGCAGAGUCUGCAUCAACUUUUGAUUCAGACUCCCUGACUGAUACACCAUCAGCUGGGACUGGAUCAGCUGCUGAAACAGA